ACAAAGGGGAUUUAUCCCCCCUUCUUUUUUUCUUCCGCGGCACGGGAGAUCUCGUCGCACGCCUGGUUGCUACGAAACUGAUGCCGCUACUAAAAUAUAAGCUGACGUUCAGAUCUAAUCUUUCUACUACCCAACCCAGUGGAUUGUCUAAUAAUUCGUCUGCUCCCAUACAGAAAAGGGCGCCAGAGCCAGUUCAUCCGCUGCCCCUUCCUAGUAAUCCCCACCAACAAAGAAGAUAUACUAUAGUUCUUGCUCAGCUCCAGGCUCCAGCCACCCCAAAUCUCUCCUUGUCGGCCACUCCCUCCCCAGGUCGGCUCAUUCUUCUCCUUAGCUCGGAAGCGCUGCUAGGUUACUUGGAUCGGCGACGCGUCAAUUCCGUGCCUUUCUUGGAGUCUUGGAUCCAAGAACCAGCCCGGCCUUCUUGGAUUUGGAUCUCCCGCCUCUGCCUGCAAUGGCGGCGCUCGUGGAGCUCUUCACGGGAUCCUUUUCGUCCUCGGCAUCGGUCGACUGGGAGGCGGAGUCCUAUCCGGCGUACGGCGACUACGUCGUGCUCCCCAUCCUCGUCGCCUUCUUCCCCGCCUUGCGCUUCCUCCUUGACCGAUUCGUCUUCGAGGGAUUAGCAAGGAGACUUAUAUUUGGGAAGGGAUAUGACAAGCUUGCCGAAACAGAAGACAGGAGAAAGAGAAUCGAUAAAUUCAAGGAGUCCGCAUGGAAAUUUGUUUAUUUUCUUUCUGCAGAAGUGCUUUCAUUAUCUGUAACAUACAAUGAGCCAUGGUUUACAAAUACCAGAUACUUCUGGGUAGGGCCUGGCGAGCAGCUCUGGCCAGAUCAAAAGAUGAAGCUGAAGCUUAAGGCUGUAUACAUGUAUGCUGCCGGAUUUUACACAUAUUCCAUCUUCGCUCUUCUGUUCUGGGAAACAAGACGCAAGGACUUCGGAGUCUCGAUGUCUCACCAUUUGGCAACAGUUGUUCUGGUUGUUAUGUCAUAUAUUUGCAGAUUGUCUCGUGCUGGCUCGGUCAUUUUAGCUGUCCAUGAUGCAAGUGAUAUAUUCCUAGAGAUCGGAAAGAUGGCCAAGUAUAGUAGCUGUGAGGGGCUAGCUGUUGUGGCAUUUCUGCUUUUUGUGGCUUCGUGGAUCCUACUUCGGCUAAUUAUAUUCCCUUUCUGGAUCCUAAGAAGCACAAGCUAUGAAGUAGCUGUGAUCCUGACCAAGGAGAAAAAGGAAUUUUACAGCUCGGUAUACUACUAUCUUUUCAACAGUCUCCUGUUCUCACUUCUAGUCCUUCACAUAUACUGGUGGGUACUUAUUUACCGGAUGCUAGUCAAACAAAUCCAAUCCAGAGGACGUGUUGGUGAUGAUGUUCGAUCCGAUUCUGAAGGCGAAGAUGAUCAUGAAGAUUAAUCUGUAGUUUGUUGGGUGCUUAACUGAAGAACUAUAUACAGUGUUCCCUACAGGAAGAUACAUCAGCCUAGGCACUGUUUUUUUCACUAGAACAGAUCAUUCUCCAGUGUCAAACAUGGUAGCCGUGAUUGGCGAGUUGGUACUGCAGCUGCUUGUGCCAUCAUAUACACAAGUUGAUUUGUAUUUCCCCCCUUAGAUCCUUUCCUCAUUUAGUCAUUUGUAUAAAAGAAUGAACAUACUAAGUUUGUUCAAUCUAGUAAGGAUUAGUUGAUUCAUGAUGCAUUGGCGUUGUCUUGUACUAUGUUGUGGCAAUUCAGUUGACACUUGGUGUAUCUUGCAUUCUAAUUGGUAUUCACGGCAAGAAGUUCCAAAGAUAUCCAAAA